UAUGAAAAUCAUAAUCAUUUAUAUUAUAGGCCAGAGAAAAUCCAGAACCAAUAUUUGAUGUCUCUGAAUGUGCUUUAAAACAUGUACCCUCUGGUAUUUAUUCAUUGUGUAAAGUAUUUAGAAAAAAGAUAUUAUGGAUGUAUAAUAAUAAGUUAACUUCACUUUCUGGUGGAGGUGCCUUAAGCGAUUUGUCAUUACUUGUUAUAUUAGAUAUUCAUGGAAAUGAAUUUACUCAUUUACCAUCUGAUAUAAUGUGUCUUGCUUCUCUCAAGGAACUUUAUUUACAAGACAACAAUAUACGAAAACUGCCAAAUGAAAUAGUACAUUUAAACAAAUUAAAUAUUUUAAAUGUUGCAAAAAACAAUUUAAAGCAAUUGCCAGAGGCAAUGGGAAAUUUAAGACAGCUUUCUAUAUUGGAUAUUAGUCAAAAUAAAUCUCUUCGUAAGCUUCCUAAAUCUUUGGGUUAUGUACAACAAUUAGCACAGUUAAAUAUUGAUGGGUUAAAUUUAUUAUAUCCUCCUCAAGAUAUUUUAAAUGGUGGCACAAUAGUAAUUAUAGCAUUUCUAGCAAAUGAAAGUGGUAUUGAAUAUUCACCCGAAGAUUCUAUUUCUGAAACAGAUUUAUCAAGAAAUAUAAGUUCUGAGAAUGUAGAAAGGAUAUAUCAGAAUAAAAAUAAUGAUGUACAGGCAGCAUUACAGAAGCUAGAAAAAAUGAAGGAACAUCGCCAAAAUGCAUUAUUAGAGGUUGAAAAAAACAUUAAACAACAACAAGAAUAUGAAAUCGAAAUUCAAUCAAUGUUAAAAGAACAUAAAAAAAAGUUGUUGGAAGAUCUUGUUUUGCAACAAACUCAAUUACAACAUGAAUUAGAAAAGGUACAACAAGAAAAAGAUUCUAACAGAGCACGUCUACUUUCCUACAUUUAUAAUGCUGAAAAAGAAGCAGACAAAGUUAUCAAAGAAUUUUUAAGAAAUAGCGAGGAAGAAAGACAAACACAAGCUGAACUAUUAGAACAGGAAAAACAGGAAGAAGUACAAUUAUUAUCCUCUUGUCACACAGAACAAUUCAUGUUUCGUACAAAAGAUACUCUUUUGUCAAUGGAAAAAUUACUUGAAGAAGAACUUCAUAGAACCAAAAAAUUGGAAGAACAUAGUAAAUAUAGAGAUUAUGCAGCACAAUCUUUGCUCACAUUAGAAGUAAGGAAUAAUGAUCAUUUAGCACAAAUAAUGCAAGAUCAAGAAAAAAAUAGAAAAAAUUUAAUUGAUACAUUAAGACAAGAUGAAGUCUUACAAAAAGCUGCUGUUGCAACAUUGCUAGAACGUAGUGAUGCACGUUAUUGGAGUAUUAUGCAACAAGUCAAUUUGGUACAAUCGCAAUUAGCUGCUCUUACAAAUAUUGAACUAGAGAGGAGAAAAUUAGAAAUCAAUCAACAACUUAAUGAAAUAGCUCAGAAAAGAGUAGCUUUGAGUGCUAUUCUAAUGAAUUUAUUAGAACAACAGAAAAAUAGAAGAGAUCAACUUCUAAAAACAAUUAAUAAUAUAGAGCAACAACGUUGUAUUACUAAUUCUAGAAGAAAAAGUCAAUUUUGGUUAAUGCAAUAUCAAUCUUUAAUGGAAACACGACCUCAGGGUUUAUUAGAAAUGCUAGAACCAAUGUUAGUACGACAUGUUGCAAUAGCAGGUGCAUUGCAUUGUUUGCCAUUCCUAGCUUCUUUACCAUCAUUACUUCCAAAUCUUAAUGAUGAACAAUUGAAAACUAUUGGAAUACAUUCUGAAAACGAUCGUAUUGCUAUAAGACUUGCAGUUGAAAAUUAUUUAGCAGAAUUAAAACUCAACGAAUCUAUAACACCCUCUGCACCACCAGAAGAAGCUUGUACAAGUUCCAAUUAUCAAGAAUAUAAUACUAUUCAGAGCAUUAAUACUGCCGAAUGUGUAAUUUGCCUUGAUUUACAAUGUGAAGUAAUUUUUCUACCAUGUGGGCACCUUUGUUGUUGUUCAGGUUGUGCAAAUAUGAUUUCUUCAGAUUGUCCAAUGUGUAGAAGUGUGAUAAAACAUAAAAUUCACAUUAUAAAGCCUUAAAAUAUGAAUAAUGUUUUUUGUAAAUAA